AUGGCUGAGCCAUCAGAGCAAACAACCUCACAAUCUAUAUCAACGGCACCAGCUCCCGUGGUGAGCCUCGAGACCGAACUCACGUGCUCAAUCUGUACCGACCUCCUUCACAAUCCCCUAACCCUCCUCGACUGCCUGCACACAUUCUGCGGCGCCUGCCUUAAAGAAUGGUUCCGUUUUCAAGCUGACCGCAUCGAAUCCCUUCCCGGCCCCCCCCUCCCCCGGGAACCCCGGUCUACACAUGCCCCUCCUGCAGGGAAGCAGUACGCGACACCCGGCACGAUGCUAGGGUGCAGACGUUAUUGGAUAUGUUUUUGGGCCUGUACCCUGAGAAGGGAAAGAGCGAAGAGGAGAAAAAGGGAGAUGGAUAGGAGGUAUACGAGGGGGGAGAGGGUGAUGAGGAGACUAAAAUUUGAGGAUCGGAGUGAGGAGGAGGCGAGGAGAGAUGAAGAGGAGAGGAGGUUGAUUGACGAGGUGAGGGCGGUUAGUCUGAGGGAGGCGACGGAGAGGGCUUUGCAGGGGUCGUCUUCUUCCCCUUCUGGGAGAAGGGAGAGGCCGAGGGAUACAAGGGCGGAGAAUGCGGCUGCUGCGGCCACAGGUGAGCAGCAAAGGAGGCAGAUUGAGCAUCAGGCUUCGUUGAGGAGCCUGAUUUCUUUGGAGGGAGGGGAGAUGACGCCGUCGGAUAUUGAGAGGGAGAUUGAGGAGUUUGCAAGGCAGAUCCAGGAGGAGGGGCUGUUGGAUGGGAUUGAUUUGGAUAAUAUCGAUUUGUCGACGAAUGAUGAGUUGAGCCGAAAGAUUACCGAGGCGUAUAGGAGGCGGCAGCGAGAGAAGGCAAGAAGGCAAAGGGAGCAGAGGGCGAGGAGUACGUCGCGGGCCCCGACGAUGGGCUCCGAGAGGGAAAGGGGGAGGGAGAGAGAUCCUGAUAGGGACAGGGAAGGGGAGAGAGACCAAGAUCGGGAGAGGGAGAGGAAUAGGGAGCGGGACAGGUCAACCGCACCCCCUCGAUCAGCAUCCCGGAAUCGGGACCCAUCCGCUCGCCCAACAAGCAGACACUCCAUGGCAGGUCACACAUCAUCCCACUCUCGUGCCCCGAGCGUGACCAGCGUCGAUGAUAGAGCACGCUACCCUCCGUCGGCAUCAGCAUCAGCCAGUGCACUACUCGAAGUUCCCGAUCCGACGACCGUCCGCAGGAGAAGGGCAUCAAGUGCCGGUCGAAGCGCGACCAUUCCUCCUGUGCAACUAGAAGGGAGGGUACCAGAGCGCGCUAGGAGUGAAACCGGCACGAGGGAUUCGUCAUCAACAAGAGGUAGUGACGGUCGUAGUUCAGGAUCACCAACCACAACUACAGCUCCUGCUUCAUCCGGCAGUAGGACCUCCUCAUUCAGCUCUCGAACCGGUGCUAUCCCUGGCGACAGGCUAAGCGUCCCCGGUCCCUUGCCCUCCCGAGAUCCCUCCCCCGAAACCCGUCAUCGCCAUCGCCAAACCCCUCUCAUUCUUCUUCCGCCGCCAAUCCCAAACCCAACCCCUGCCUCAGCCUCAGCAACGUCGAACUUCCCUCCCUUUGUCCCAGAGAGAGCCUCCGACCAGUCUGCCCUGUUCAACUUGCUCCCGCCCAUCCAUCCAAAACGAGCUGCAUUACUACUGUCCGAAAUGCAAUCCCCCAGACGGAGGUGA